UCACAAGCCUAAUGUCCCGGAUGUAGAAACGAGUUAAAUUUCACAGAGAGAAGGCGCGUAACUCAGUUUGAAUUGGGUGAGCAACUGUGUGUUUUCGCGGCUCAGCUGUAGUAACUGUCAUUUACAAAUUAUAAAAUGGCUGGGGGUAAAGCAGGAAAGGACUCCGGGAAGGCGAAAGCGAAGGCUGUUUCGCGCUCACAAAGAGCUGGACUGCAGUUUCCAGUGGGUCGUAUUCACAGACACCUGAAGUCCAGGACCACCAGUCACGGGCGCGUCGGAGCUACUGCCGCAGUGUACAGUGCUGCUAUUCUAGAGUAUUUGACUGCUGAGGUACUCGAGCUUGCAGGAAAUGCUUCUAAAGAUCUGAAGGUGAAGAGAAUUACCCCACGCCACUUGCAGCUGGCUAUCAGAGGCGAUGAGGAGUUAGACUCCCUCAUUAAGGCGACUAUUGCUGGUGGUGGUGUCAUACCCCACAUUCAUAAGUCUCUUAUUGGCAAGAAGGGACAACAGAAGACCGUGUAAACAAUGUUGUCUCAGGACAUGAGUGUUCACAAAUGUAUUGUUUGCCCUGUAGAUUAGAAUUUUAAAACUUUAUAUUGUCCAUCUUUGCAUUUACUCAUUUCUGGGGUAUUUUUUUUAAACAUGGCUUCAGAGAAGCUUUUUUCUUUUCUUUUAUGAUGUCUGGCUA